AUGGAAAAAGCUGACAGGAGCAUUAACACACUACCUAACUCAAAUGCUGCUUGCCAGCAACAGAUAGCCAUCAACAGGCAGGAAAAAAUUUCACGCAUACUCACAAAGGUUCAGGUUGGCUCGUGGCAAGCAACUUACGUGGCCAAUCAUUUCUUUGCUGGAGUUAUGCGUAUUUUCUUUGAAUCAAGAUGAUUACAAUGGACUCUGGUGAUGGAGCCCCCUUUGUUCUCACACAGCAAGUGAGGAAUGAUCUUUUUGAUCAUUAUGACAAAUAGAAGAGGUUUAUCUAAAGCUCUUGGUUUUUAUACAUCAGUUUUAAACUAAUGUCUACCAAUGGAAGACUGUAUUACAUGAAAUGUUUGCUUUCUUGUUAUUAUUAAUUUCUUUCAGAAUUAUCUCCUCACUGUCGUAGUCUCUUAGUUCUAAUCAAUAAUGCCUGUCCUUGGACUCGUAACUGAAUUGGUAUAAAUAGUGCAUUAGUUAUAUGCAUGUAUUUAGUUCAUUUCUCUUAAAGUGUCAGUUUCGUGACGUUCUGUAUUUUAUAUCUCAGAUAACCUGCUGUUCCAUGAGCUUAAUGUUUUGUAGUUUUAUCUAGUUUUCUGGUUAGAAGUCCGAUAGUUACUUAUGUAGGGAAAUAAUUACAUAUUCAAACUGCGUAUUGCUAGAUGCAGUGUCCUUUGUGCAGCUAUUAGAUUUUUAAGAAUAUUAUCGGGCGUUAUGCACGGUUUAGCCAAUAUAACCUAAUUGUUAGAAGCUAGCUGCCACCAGAAUAGAACUCCUGAUAUAUCUAAAAUUCAGCAUUGUCAUUGAGUUUCCUGAGACAAUGUUUAAAAAUUUUUGGAAAGGUUUCAGUCAUGUGAUGCAAAGAAUGUUAAUUUUAUCAUUUGUCUGUAAGGUCAGUAGUUAUUAUAUCAAACUACUAUAUCUGUUAAAAGAUUUCAUGAGUACAUUCCAAAAAACUUUCACUAGAAUAUUUAUUAUGACACUUUCCAUUAUUGUGGUGCAUCUUUAUUACAUUGCCUAGUGUUCCAGUCAUAAUUUUAUCCAAAUCAUUCCACUACCUUGUAUUACUGGUGUUUUUGCCAAUAAUCAGGGUUUUCCAUAAACGUAGUCUGUGAUGCAAAAGUAUUAUUUCUUAAUGAAUUUGUUGGUAUGUUGCGAUAUAUUUGAGUAGUUUCAUUCUCUACUUUUUUGUAAUUGGAGUAUUGUAAUAUAUGUCUAUUUUGUGUAGCGUGAUCAUAUUUUAAACUUCAAGAGGUCUGUAUUUGAUUGUACUUUAAGAGUUCUUUUCAAUCUGAUUUCUCUGUUUGCGUAUCGUGUAGCAUUCGUCUACUGCAUAUGUUAUGUGUUAAUUCCCAACAUAAAGAAUAGUAUGAGCGUAACAAUAUUUAUUUUAUAUAAGUGGAUCUGUUGUGGUAUUGAUACAGUGAAUAUUUUUGACUUCAGAAGAGUCAUGUACUAAUACAGAAUGUUUUAACGAGUAUUAAUUGUGACUUUUGAAACUUUUGGUUUUAGAGAAGACUGAGAUUAUAAUAUCGUCUUGACUGGCAUCUUCAUUUAAUGUUUUGGGGCAUGAUAUGGACUCAUGAUAUUUGUGACCGAGUGAAAUUGUUAUUAUGUACAUUUGUGAAUACACAUUCUCUUUAGUAUUCUUCAAGUAUAAAGAUCAUUGUAAAGCAACAAUGCUACUGAAAAUUAAUAUUGUAUGCAGUUAUGUACUACUUUAUAAAUUGAUGAAUGUUUUUAAACUUGACACUGGUAUUUGAAAGGAAGAAGAAGAAAUAUCUACCACAGUGUCCAGACUAGUUGAUUCAAUUGUUAUGUUGCCUCAUAGUUGCGAAUUCUUGCCAACUUUAUGCUACGAAAAAUUUGCCUUUUGAUUCACACGAGACUCUUCCACAUCUGCCAUUUUGGGUUCUUAACCGGUGCUUAAAGUUGUUCAAAAAACAAAUACCACAAAACUAAAGAAGUGGUUGAAAGAAUUUGUUAUUAAAAUUGUAUGAGGAUAUUAAACUGACGUUUCCAAAGAGUAUUUGCUCAAUUCAUAUUUUAAAAUGUGUUAUGCUCUCAGAUUUUAAGUGUUUCUUCAAAUCUGUGAGUUACCUUUUGUCACUAAGUAAAACCUCUUGCCAGGCAGGUGCUCAUUUACUUGUUUUUCGGAAUAAGCAUUUAAAUUUUGGUUUCCUUCAAUUGUUUGUCUUAUUUGUAAGUGCCAGUAAAUUGUUAUUGACUGCUCAUUACAAAUUUAGUGUGAUAAAUGAAUUUUGGAAGAAAUUUUAUAGAUUCGGUAUAUAUUACUUCAUAUACUUAUAUAGUAGUGAGGAAAGAAAAUUCAGAAUUGAAUCAUCUUCUUAACAUUCAUCAUCCCAUCUGAUAACAUUUGUAUUGCUAUGAAUAAUGAAAAUUGUAUUUUUAAAAGUUUUGCCGCAUAAUUUGUUUUGGAAUUUUUUAGUUGAAGUUUACUUUUUCUUUGGUCAAAUGAUUUCUGUGUGUUUCUGCUAUUCCUGCCUCUGAUGCGUUGUGCAUUUUUAUUCUAUAUUACCCAUUCGAUGAUUAUCUUUACUCAAGUGCUUCAGUUAGGUGUUCCAACCAGGCAGGAUUUUUCUG